AUGGCGGCGGUGUCCGGCGACGACGAUGAUCAGGCGUUCGUCGCCAAACUUCUCAAAGUCCUCCACAGAGAAGGGGUUCUGGAGGUCGAAGCCCUGCAUGCUGUGAUCGCGCAGUUCCUCGCCCGGUGCCUCGACGACCUCCUGCCCGGAGACGUACGAGCCCAGUGGGAGCCGAAUGAUACGAGGGAGCCAUUGGCGCUGAUGGUGAGGGGCAGCCCGGUGGUCCUGGACGAUCAGUUCCCGGAAGGGGACGCCUGGGCGUUCCUCAGACAUUUCGACGCGUUACGAGAGCACUGCUUCGAACACGGGGACGCGCCGAGGACGCCGACGCAGGCCGGCACCGAUUCCUUCGCCUUUGCACCGACCGCGGCCCCGCCCCUCGCCGAGCCGGCCCGCGAUCACGGCAAGCAGCUGCGACACCCGCAACCGACGCGCUCGGCCUCCUCGUCCGAGUCAUCAGGCUCCGACUCCGACGACUCCGACAGCGGCGACUCCGGCCCGCCACCCCGCCGCAGCAAGCCGCCCGCCUCGCCGGACACCGGAUGCGCCGACGUAGCCCGCGUGCUGGCACGGCACGGGCUGACGAUCGAAGACUGCAGGAACUCCAAGAAGCUGGGCAACAAGAAGGGGUUCGUCAAGCAGAACGCCAUCGACGCCUUGUGCGACUUGGCGGUCGGGGGCCACGCCGCCCAGGCGCCCGGGGGGGGCGCGGGGCCGGGCGCGUCCAUCGGUCCUGGCGAGGGUGCGACGAUAGUGUCCGAGUUCACCAAGGCGAUGACCAAGCAGACCGUUGAGUUCCGCAGGGCGGUGACCAAGCAGACCGAUGCCAUGGUCGGCCUCCAGGAACGAACUCUGCAUCACUUGGCUGGACAGACGCAGAGGCACGUGGACGGCUACGUCAGGCUCGCGCUGGGGACCCGGGAUGCCCCCCAGCCGAUCGAAGCGCGGCUUCCCUGCUCCGACUCCGGCGAGUCCGGCAAGAAGAGGAAGGACCCCGGCUCUCGCUUCGAAGAAGUCGAAGUUUCCAAGAAAGCCAGCUCGCAGCAGCUGUCAGGGGAUAAGAAUUGA